CGUGUGGUGUGACGUCAUAGUCUCGCGAGUUGUGACUUGUGACGUCUGGACAAGCUUUCCGGAAGGAGUCAAGGAGUUAGACGGUAACGGUGCUGCGGGACUUUUAAACAGCGGUUCGUGACUGCAGACUGUGUUAAGAAAAUUUGGACUGUCCCAAGGGAAGCCGGACUGUUGGGCGAGUGCUGCAAGCCAUAGUAUUAUUGUGUGUAGACCUGUACCCUCUCCUUGAAUGUUGAGAGACUGGAAGAAAUGGAAGAGGAGCAACUGCGAUACAGCCGCAGAUUGAGGCAUACACUACGUCGCCGUUAUGAAGAUGAUGGAAUAUCUGAUGAUGAGAUUGAAGGAAAAAGAACUUUUAAUUUGGAGGAAAAAUUGAGAAGCAACAAGUACAAUGCUAACUUUAUUACCUAUAUGGAUGGCAAAGGUCAGACUCUUAAACUAUGGGCAGCUGCAGUGCUGAGGAAAAUUUUGGUAUCUUUGCAUUCACGCUUAGAUAUAUUGUGUUUUUGUUUUCUAGAUUUUAACAUGAAAUUCAUUCAAGAAGGAGGACUCAGGGAUCCAAUCAUUUUUGCAAGUUCCGAAGGACUUGGCAUCAAAAUGCCUGAUUCUAACUUUACUGUGAAUGAUGUCAAGAUGUUUGUUGGGAGUAGGCGUAUUGUAGAUGUUAUGGAUGUCGGGACUCAGAAAGGCACAGAGAUGACAAUGGCACAAUGGGCAAAAUACUAUGAGACUCCUGAAGAAGAAAGAGAAAAACUAUAUAAUGUGAUCAGCCUGGAGUUUAGCCACACUAAACUGGAGAAUCUGGUGCAGAGGCCAACAACGGUUGAUCAGAUUGAUUGGGUUGAUAACAUCUGGCCAAGACAUCUAAAGGACAAGCAGACUGAAUCCACAAAUGUAAUUCAGGAGAUGCAAUAUCCCAAAGUACAAAAGUAUUGCCUCAUGAGUGUUCGUGGAUGUUAUACAGAUUUUCAUGUGGACUUUGGUGGCACAUCGGUUUGGUACCACAUAUUGAGAGGAGGCAAGGUCUUUUGGCUAAUACCUCCUACAGAUCAAAAUCUGGAACUGUAUGAGAAUUGGCUGCUCUCUGGAAAACAAGGUGACGUCUUUCUUGGGGAUAGAGUGACAGAGUGUCAGCGUAUUGAACUAAAACAAGGCUACACAUUUGUUAUUCCCUCAGGGUGGAUUCAUGCUGUGUACACACCUCAGGACACACUGGUGUUUGGGGGCAAUUUCCUGCACAGCUUCAACAUACCAAUGCAACUUCGUAUUUAUAGCAUCGAGGACAGGACAAGAGUACCUACAAAGUUCCGAUAUCCUUUUUAUUAUGAAAUGUGUUGGUAUGUGCUUGAAAGAUAUGUCUAUUGCAUGACUCGACGCUCUCAUCUCACAAAGGAGUUCCAAAGGGAGUCUCUGAGCAUUGAUUUAGAACUUAACGGACGCCAAAGACCAGACACUCCAUCAUCAUCAUCUUCAUCAUCAUCUUCCUCUGGAUUAUCGUCUUCCUCUGAUAAUGAUGAUUCCUCUGAUCAAGAUUGGGAGGAAAAGGAAGGUUUUAAGAAAAGGGAAAGAGAUAGAGGUGGAGUGGAGCGUAAACUUCAGAAGAGAAGGAACAGGGAUAAGCGACAAAGAGACCAAGAAAGAGAUCGACAUCGGCGUACUGAGAGGAUAAUUAUCCAUACUCUGCCUGCUUCACUACGUCCUUUGACCCCACCACCUUCUCUUCCAUUGCCAGCACCAGAUUCACCUCCCAGCACUUCUCCUUACCUGACCUGUUUUGAGGUUGAAGGAUUACGCUGUCUGGUGAUGAAACUUGAAUCCUUACCACCACAUAAAAAGUGCCUACCAGAUGGUAUCCAUGACCCUGAAGCUCUUAUCUCUGAUAUCAAGGGACUUCUUGAGGACCACACUCAUGAUCCACCUGAACUUGCACUCACUGGAGUUCCAAUAGUUCAUUGGCCCAAGAGAAGUCAGUUUAAGGUCCACCCUCGGCCCAAGAUUCAGUUUACAAAACCUCACACCAUGCGUCCAGCUUCCCGUCACUCAACAGCUCCACCUCGGACAUCAGGCACACCAUCAGGUACUACAGCUUCUUCUGGGGCUCGAAGGCGUCGUGUCAGGUGUCGCAAAUGUCAAGCUUGUGUCCAGAGAGAGUGUGGGACUUGCCAUUACUGUAAGGAUAUGAAGAAGUUUGGAGGGCCAGGCCGUAUGAAACAAUCUUGUGUACUGAGGCAGUGCCUUGCGCCCAGACUGCCCCAUUCAGUGACCUGUGCUUUGUGUGGGGAGGUGGAUCAAACAAAUGACACACAGGAUUUUGAAAGAAAGCUAAUGGAGUGUUCAGUUUGCAAUGAGAUUGUUCAUCCAGGAUGCCUAGAGAUGGAUGGUGAAGGACUUCUAAGUGAUGAACUUCCAAACUACUGGGAGUGUCCCAAAUGUUAUGAGGGACAGAAGCACACGGUGGAACCAAAUCACGAUCACAUCUUACUGCACAGUAAACGUAAAGCUGCUGACAACUACGAGAGCAGCCAUUACUUCCCUGCCAAAGUUUUGCGGCCUCCACUGGGGCAGAGCCCCCCAUCCCCACCGCUUCUUUUGCUCCCUCCUUCUCCUUCAUCUGCUCCACCCACACCACCCUCUUCUCAGACACAAGUCCCACCUGCAAGCCGAGAAGAGCGAGCAAAGAGGCGUCAGCUUGCUAGAGAGAAAGAGAACCACCCAACUGGAUGUGAUCAGUCUGAAGGAGAUCGUUUGCGGCUUAGGGGGCCCUACCUCACUGUCACUCUUCAGCGUCCACCAAAAGAAUUAAGCUCCAGUUCCAUUGUCCCCAAGUUACAAGCCAUCACACCAAAUCCACGUCAGCAUAUACGUGCAGUAUCUCUACAGCAUCAUGAUGAGGAACGAGAAGAAGAAGAAGAGGAAGAGGAGGAGGAGGAGGAAGAGGAAGAAGAGACCGAGAAUAGUGUAAUGCUGGGUCAAAGAAAAGACAACAUAUCAAUGCAGAAGGAUGUUUGGCUCUCUGUUUUCCAUUACCUCUCACACGAAGAGCUUUGCAUCUGUAUGAGAGUGUGCAAAUCUUGGUACAAAUGGGGCUGUGACAAACGUCUCUGGUCCAGGAUUGAUGUUAGUCGUUGCAAGUCUCUAGUACCACAGGCACUCAGUGGUAUUAUUAAACGACAACCUGUAUACCUUGACUUGAGCUGGACAACUGUGUCAAAGAAGCAACUUAUAUGGCUUAUCAACCGGUUGCCAGGUCUGAAGGAUUUAAUCCUUGCUGGUUGCACUUGGUCUGCUGUCUCUGCCCUUGCUAGCUGUAGCUGUCCCCUCCUGCGUACUCUGGACCUGCGCUGGACUGUUGGAAUCAAAGAUACACAGAUUAGAGAUUUGCUUACACCAGUCUCAGACAAAGCAGGACACGACUCUCGCAGCAAGCUACGUUUGCUAACGGAUCUGCGCCUGUCUGGCCUUGAUAUUUCUGAUGUUACUUUAAGAUUAAUAAUACGCCAUUGCCCACUUCUAUCUAAGCUUGACCUCAGCCACUGUCCACUGCUUUCUGAUCAGUCUGUAAACCUCCUUACAGCUGUGGGCUCUUCUACAAGGGGAACACUCACUCACAUACACUUAGCAGGUUGUAAAGGGGUGACAGAUGACUCUCUUCUAUAUCUACGACGGGCCAUUAACCUGUCCCUUAUCGACUUGCGUGGUUGCAAACAGGUUACUCGGGGAGCUUGUGAGGGAUUUAUUUCAGACCUCUCUGUGAGCGUCUUGUAUUGUCUGUCAGAUGAUAAACUUAUCCAGAGGAUCAGCUAGAGUGGAAACCCCUGUUAAUGGGACUGGAAGAGGUUAGAGGAGGAAUGAGGAAGAACAUAAUCUCCCCUCCCUCUUGUCUGCUCUCUCCUGCCACUCCAUAAGAUACAAAGAAGGAGCAAUAAUUGGUAUCUCCACCUACAUCCUUUCCCAUCCACAGUGAAAUUGUUGUUUAGUCCAAGGAAGUGUGCCAUUAAAACGGGUAUAUAACUAACUCCUGUUGGCAUAGUGCCCUAAUGGUUUUAGGGGCAUUUUUUUGCUAAAAUGCUGACAUCAAUAAAGCCAGAUUUUCAUCUCCACAGAGCAAAGAACACUCUAUUUUUCUUACUUUUUUGCUUAGUUCAACUCUCUCCUUCAGGCUGAUCGGUGUGAAGAGCAAGGGUGGAGGAAGGUUUUUUUAAGGGUUCUUUGUUGUUGUUUUGCUUGUUAGGAAUUUGAGAGAGAGAAUGCUCUAAUAAUGUUAUAUGGGUGUCUGAGUUGUGUUUCAUUAUAUGUUUGAGAUGGAAGAGGCAGCUUUUGUGGUAAAUAGAGUUAAUAUUUUUUUUUAUUUAAUUGGAUUGUAGUUCUUUUGCCCAUUGCCUCUCAUACAGAGUACACACAUUCAUUUUCACAUAAUAGUAAAUUUAUUUCAUGCAACCAGUGCAGCCAUUUGUGGAUAUAUAUACAUAUAUAAAUAUAUAUUAAAUGCCGGUAGAGCACACAGAGUAUUAUGUGUGUUCGUGCCACUUAUUUUGGCACAAUCGGCUGUCCUCUCCCUUGACCUGGGAUUAGAUUGUAUAAAAAAAAAAAAGAGCCUGGAUAAUAUUUUUCUCUGUGGAGGCGAACUCGCUUUCCCUUUAUUUCUUUUGCAAUAAAAAAAGUUUAUGAUACAA